GCAGCGGGAGACGGCCGCCGAGAUUCCCCCAUCUCUCUGAAUAUAAUUUUAGAUUGAGAUUCAGAUUAAAUCCGAGGGGAAAACACUUUAUGAGGCUGAAAGCUGUGCCGAUGCCAGAGCCAGGGUUAUGAGCUAUCAAAUGCAAUUACAUUAAGACAGAUUAUACUGGGCAAAUUGAGCCAUUUAGAAGGUGAGAAUCAAAGAAACAGCUCUGAUCCUCUCUUCCCCCUUCUCUCUCCCUCUCCCUCUCUCUCUCUCAAUUGCAGUCCGUAGUUCCUUGCAAUUCUGAGGCACAAAAGUAGGUGAGACUGCUUUUGUAUCUGCGAAGUGCUUCACUCCUGAAUGUAAUUCUAGCUGAGUGCAAUCUAGGUUAAGAGCCGGACAAGCGGGUAAUUAGAGCCCGCUCGCUGCCCGAGGACCGGCCGCCCCGCCAAAGCGCGCCCCGAGUCGGCGCCCUUCUCCCGGCCGAGCCGAGCUGCGGCUGGACACGGAGCGCCCGAGAUGAUGGUGCUGGACAAGGAGGACGGCGUGCCGAUGCUCUCCGUUCAGCCCAAAGGGAAGCAGAAGGGCUGUGCGGGCUGUCACCGCAAGAUCAAGGACCGCUACCUGCUGAAGGCGCUGGACAAGUACUGGCACGAAGACUGCCUCAAGUGUGCCUGCUGCGACUGCCGCCUGGGCGAGGUGGGCUCCACCCUCUACACCAAGGCCAACCUCAUCCUGUGCCGCCGCGACUACCUGAGGCUCUUUGGCACCACGGGAAACUGCGCUGCUUGUAGCAAGCUGAUCCCCGCCUUCGAGAUGGUGAUGCGGGCCCGAGACAACGUGUAUCACCUCGACUGCUUCGCCUGCCAGCUCUGCAACCAGAGAUUUUGUGUGGGAGACAAAUUCUUCCUGAAGAACAACAUGAUCUUGUGUCAGAUGGACUAUGAGGAGGGACAGCUCAACGGCUCCUUCGAAGCCCAGGUUCAGUAACGCCCGGCACCUGCCCGCCCACCCGCCUGGCCGGCCGGAUUAGAACUCCUCCUGCCUCACCGGGAGCAUGGCCCUUGCUCCCCUGCCGCCGCCGCCCGUGUGUGACCCCUCCUGGGGCCAGGCUGGGCCUGUACAGUCUGUCUUCUGUAUAUAAAUGGGAACAUUUAUUUUAUGAGAAAUGUAAUGCGAUUUUAUUACUGGCGUGGAUUAAACUUAUGAAUGGU